AUGGAUUCCCAGGGUGGUCCAUACCUCAACAAGAGUGCCCUCUGCUCACCUCUGGGUGCUGCCCGCCUCUGCCAGAUAGCGAUGGGCUGUGCAGUGAUCGCCAUGGUGGCCCACACUGCCGGCUUCAGCGGCUCACACGGUUUCUUCUGUAUGGCGGCGUGGUGCUUCUGCUUCGGCAUGACCGUCGUGGUGUUUUUCCUGGACGCUACUCGUCUCCACAGCUGCCUGCCUGUAUCCUGGGAUAACCUGACGGUCACAUGUGCUGCCUUCGCCACGCUCAUGUAUGUGACAGCCUCUGUGGUCUACCCUCUCUUCUUUGUCCGAGCUGAGUGCCCCUACGCCGGCUGCGAUGUCCGAAAUUUCCGCAUCGCCGUGACCGUCUGCUCCAUCUUGGGGACUCUGGCCUACGGGGCUGAAGUGGCCCUGUGCCGAGCCAGGCCGGGCCAGGCUGUGGUGGGCUACAUGGCCACCGUCUCUGGCCUCCUCAAAGUCGUUCAGGGCUUCGUGGCCUGCAUCAUCUUUGGAGCUCUGGCCAACCGGAGCGAGUAUUAUCGCUACGUCGGCACCAUCUACUGCGUCGUCGUCUAUGCCUUCUGCUUCACUCUGACCGUAGUGGUGGUUGUAAUGACCGUGUGUGGACGGACCAAGGCUGUGCGCUGCAUGUCCUUCGACCGCUUCGUGGUGGUAUGCACCCUCCUGGAGGUUCUGCUCUAUCUGAGCGCAUCGGUAGUGUGGCCGGUGUUCUGCUUUGACACAAAAUAUGGCUCUCCUUGGAGGCCGUCGUCCUGCCCUCAAGGAAACUGUCCAUGGGACAGCAAGGUCGUGGUGGCGGUGUUCUCCCUUGUCAACUUCGCCCUGUACUUGGCUGACCUGAUCUAUUCCCAGAGGAUACGAUUUUCCUCACAUCGGCCCACAAACUCGAGAGCGUAGCACCAUCUGGAAGCUUAUUUUGCAUCACUGGCUUAACAGGUUUAAGUUAUGUAUCUGCCUCACUGUUUUUGUUUUUGAUUUGUGUAUCUAUUUUGUAUUUAAAGACACAUAAAAUAUCGAGGGGUCACUGGUGCUGCUGCUGAGGCUCCCAGACACCCCAAACUACACGUGAAAGCGCUGUGGAAUGUGAACAAGGAAUUUUUUUGCCACCGUGAGCCCUCUGCCACACCCCACUGAGGUGACACCCCAUCUCUUUAACUCGACCCUCCUGCCCUCUGAGAGAUUUGGGAAAAGAGCCAGCCUCACCCAAGCAACCAGGGCCGACUGGUAUGUCCUGCCAAAUCCUCAUAAACCCAGACACUCAUGCUCCUCAUGACCUGCGGCAUAACACCACCCCGUCAUACACACACACACUUACCAGCUGCCUGUAUUUCUGCUCAAAUAAUACAUAAAAGACUCGAAUAUAAAUAGUACAUCUGGCAUUGGCAUCCGUGGCAUCCCUGUCAUCUGCAAACCCCACACCAGAGAUCGACGCACAUU